AUGGAUUCUGUUAAGAAAAAAGCAAGGAAAACUCUCAAGUACGACAAAGAAUAUCUUAAAUUUAGAUUCUCACGGACUGGAGAUGAAAAUGAGCCUAUUCCACUUUGCGUCAUUUGUUUUGAAAAUCUAACAAAUGAAAGCAUGAAACCAUCCAACUUAAAGCGCCAUUUUGAGACAAACCAUAAUCAGUACAAAGAUAAACCCAUAGAUUUUUUUGAAAAUAAACUUAAGGGUUUAAAUCAGUCUCGAAAAGUAAUGCAGGGUUUGACGGGAGGUGACAAUCAAAAAAUACUAGAAGCUUCGUAUCGCGUGUCGCUUUUAAUUGCCAAAUGUAGUGCAGCGGAAACCAUUGGCGAAAUUUUAAUCAAGCCUGCAGCCAAGAUAAUGGCAGAAGUAAUGAUAGGAGAUAGAGCGAAACAAACUUUUGACUGCGUUCCUCUCUCAAAUAAUACAGUUCAUCGACGAAUCAUUGAUAUGUCUAAUAAUGUAAAACAGAUGUUAUUAUCUGAUAUUUCUCAAAGUCGUUAUUAUGCAUUGCAAGUUGAUGAGUCCACCAACAUUGCGAAUUUUGCAAAUCUUAUGGCAUUUGUUAGAUACGAAAAAAAUCAAGAAAUUCAUGACGACUUUUUAUUUUGCCAGCCUUUAUUAGGUCACACAACAGGAGAAGAUAUAUUUAAUGUUAUGAAUACAUUUAUGCAAGAGAACAAAAUUGAUUGGAAUAGAUGUGUUGGAAUAAGCACAGAUGGAGCAAAAAGUAUGGUCGGAAUUAAUAAAGGACUCGUUGCAAGAAUUCAAAAUGUUGCUCCAAAUGUCAUAUCCACACAUUGUUGCAUACACAGAGAGGCUUUGGCAACACGUAAGAUGCCCGCUGAUCUACAGAAAGUUCUGGAUGAAAGCGUGAAAAUCAUUAACUACAUUAAAAGCCGUCCUUUGAAUGCACGACUUUUUUCGCAAAUAUGUGAAGAAAUGGGAAGUAGUCAUACCCAGCUGCUUUUUCAUACCGAUGUUCGUUGGCUAUCUCGGGGAAAAAUUCUAAACCGAUUGUUCGAACUUAGACAUGAACUUCAAUGCUUUCUUAAUGAUAGAUUUGAGUUGAGAAAUUGUUUACAUGACUGGAAAUGGCUUUGUAAACUAGCAUACUUAGCAGAUAUAUUCUCUGUUUUAAAUUGCCUCAACUUAUCGUUACAAGGCAAAGAAAUUUCAUUGUUUCACGUUCAAGAUAAAGUGAACGCUACCAUCGCAAAACUAAAUUUAUGGCAAAAGAGAGUUGGUAAUGGAGAAGUAGACUCGUUUCCCUCUCUUCAUGAGUUUAUAACAAGUUCGGCUACUAAAAUUGAGGCUGAUAUUCUGAAAUGCAUAAUACAGCAUUUGGAGAGUUUGCAAGUUGGCUUGAAAAACUAUUUCCUUGAUUUAAACAAAAAUAUUGAAUGGAUAAGAUAUCCGUUCAACAUUAACACAACAUCCAUGCCAGAAGGUUUGUCGCAUGCGGAAGAAGAGCAAUUGUUGGAGUUAGCUUCGGACGGAUUCUUGAGAAAUAAACAUAAGGAGUGUACUUUAACAUCAUUCUGGUUACAAAUGCAACAUGUGUAUCCGGUUUUAACAGAAAAAGUCCUGAAAUACAUCUUGCCUUUUCCAACUUCAUAUUUAUGCGAAGUUGCUUUUUCUGCAUUUGUAGACAUUAAGUCGAAAAAAAGGAACAGACUAUUGGACGUGGAACCGCAUCUCAGAUUAAAAAUUAACAACCAGGGAACCAAAUUAUGA